CGCCAACAGAACCGCAGCUCUUCUCAAUGGCUUUUAACCGCGACCCGAGUGACCGCCGCGGUUGCAGACCACCAGCACGGUCACCUUCAUCACGGCAACCCCAACCACAGCCACCACCACCACCAUCAUCACCAUCCGCACCCGGGCGACGAGCUGCAUCCGUCCGCGUCCACCAGCGAGCUCGACGAACUGGCUUCGGCCUCCGCCACUGCCACUGCCGCCACUGCUGCCGCCGGUCAAUCCUCAGCCCAGGCUGCGUCUGCGGCUGGAAGCUCGUCGUCGCCGUCGGAUGCUGCCGGUGCGGGCCAAGGGCUCCACCACAGCGCAUCUGCCUCGCAAUUGAUGCAAGACUCGAGCGAUGAGGAAGAGGAGGCGCCAAGCGACCAGAAGAGUGUCAUCUUCCACCUGCUCAAGCAGCUGUCGAUUGGCAUGGACCUCACCAAGGUCACACUGCCCACGUUUGUCCUCGAGAAGCGCUCGCUGCUCGAAAUGUAUGCUGAUUUCAUGGCCAACCCGAUGGCUUGGCUCAAGGUCGGCGACAGCAAUGAUCCCAAGGAGCGCAUGAUGCAGUGCGUCUUUGCGUACAUUACCUCUUUCCACGGCUUCAAGAAGGGUACUAUUGCCAAGAAGCCAUACAAUCCCAUCAUUGGCGAAACGUUUGAGUGCCAGUACGACUUGACAGCUGAGGGCGCCGGCAUUUCCACUUAUUUUGCCGAGCAAGUGUCGCACCACCCUCCAGUUUCUGCCUUCUAUUUUGAAAACAAGCAGAAGGGCAUCUCCAUUGCCGCUGAUGUCUGGACCCAAUCCAAGUUCCUCGGCACCUCGGUCGCCUCGCUGUUGGUGGGACAGUCCACACUCACGCUGCACAAGCGCAACGAGCAAUACGUGAUGACCUACCCGAAUGUUUAUGGCCGCUCCAUCCUCUCAGUGCCCAAGCUCGAACUUGGAGGCAAGACAACGAUCGUGUGCUCGCAGACUGGCUUCACCGCCGAUGUCGAGUUCAAGACCAAGCCAAUGUUUGGCGGCUCCUAUCACGAGCUCCUUUGCACCGUCAAGGAGCCCAACGCCAAAGCCCCGUUCGUCAAGAUUUCUGGCAAGUGGAACGAGGUUCUUGUGAUUCAGUACACUGGUGCCAAGGAGGCGCCCUACUUUGACGCUGCAAAGGCGAUCAAGGUCAACAAGUCGGUACGAGCCCUCGAUGUCCAGGCUCCUUUCGAGUCGCGAAGACUGUGGAAGGAUGUCACUGAAAAUCUGCGUGCUGGCAACAUUCCCGCCGCAACAGCUGCCAAGGAGUUGCUCGAAAACCGCCAGCGACAGGAGGCUGCCGAGCGCAAGCAGGCCAACACUGAGUGGAAGGUCAAGCACUUUUCCAAGAACGACCAAGGCCGCUGGAUUUACCACCACGCUGCGUAGACGAGUUGUUGACGAUGGGCGUGUGGUCGUUUUUUUUUUUUUUUGUUUGAAACCCAAAGCGAUGUUCGUUUUUCGCUGCUGCUGCUGUUGUUGUUGUGUGGAUCAGUACAUGUAUGUGUGUUUGCUUGCUAUUGCCUGGUUGCUGCUUGUUUGCUUGUCUGCGCUGCUGUUUGUUUGUUUUUUGAUCAGAGUCAAAUUUCUCUCUCUCUCUCUCUCUCUCUCUC